AUGUUCCUCUUUCGCAGCCGUCGCCUGCUCCUCGUGGCGUUCGCCUUCCUCAUCAUCAUAUUUAUACUCCUCGCGUCCGACCAACCGCGACGAGACCAAGCGCGAGACUAUCUGCAUCAAUAUCUCGACAAGCCCGCGUUCUGGCGGGACGGCCAGCCUCCCAAAGACCCCAAUGCGGAUAACAGACCAGAGGUGAAAUACCGACCGGAACCAGAAUGGGUGCCGCCCCCGGUGAAAGACCCAUUCCCAUCUUUGGCGACCGAGGCACCGCCGCCUAUACCGAAAUGGAACAUGCCCAAGAAGGAUGUGCACAAGAAGUAUGGUCUGGACUACAAGCCCCCGCUCUUCAUCGGCUUCACCAGGAACUGGCCGAUGGUGUUGCAGGCUGUGGUUUCCUACGUGACUGCCGGCUGGCCGGCGGACCAGAUAUACGUCGUGGAGAAUACGGGUGUGCAGAGGGCCAACAUCGAGGGCAAGCUCACGCUGCAGAAUCCCUAUUACUUCAACCACGAGGAGAUGAAAAGACUGGGCGUCAACGUGGUCCGGGCGCCCGUGCUCAUGAACUUUGCGCAGCUACAGAACUUCUACACGCACCUCGCGCACGAGAACGACUGGCCAUACUAUUUCUGGUCGCACAUGGACGUUCUAGUCCUUUCGUAUGAGGAUGGCAACGAGCACACGCCUCCCGCGACGGAUCCCGAGUACAAGACCGUAUACGAGCUAUGCCUCAAGGAGCUGAACCACACCAUCCAUACUGAUGAUCGCUGGGCAGCCCGUUUCUUCUCGUACGAUCACCUCACGCUCGUCAACCGCGAAGCAUACGACGAGGUCGGCGGGUGGGACACAUUCAUCCCGUACUACAUUACCGACUGUGACAUGCACACGCGCUUGCAUAUGCACAAGUGGUCUAUCAAGGACACGCGCGCUGGCAUCAUCACAGACGUCGGCGCUGCUCUCGAAAACCUGCUCGCCCUAUACCGCGACCCCAACGUUCCAGUCCGAUUUGUCGACUCGAACCCAGCGCCGCCAUCGCCAGAGGAGAAGACGAGGAGGGAGCAGAACGUCAGCAAGCGGGACGAGUCGCCCGACCUCGCCUACUUUCACAAACUACAAGCCACGGCCAACGACAUGUUUCAUUACAAGCAUUCCCGGGACAGGAAUACGUGGCAGACCGGUCAGCGUGGUGGUCAGGGCGAACCCUUUUACUAUCACUCGCGUGGUAUCGCCGAAGGCAUCGAGGUCUUGACAGAAGCUGGGCGGGAGGUGUACAGGCGCAAAUGGGGCCACGAGAACUGCAACCUGCUAGGCGAGACCAAGCUCGGCCUUGAGGACGCAUGGCUAGUGGAGAAGGACUUUUAG